AUGCCUUUGGCAGUUUGCAAGAGGUUAAACUUAGGAGAACUUCAGCCGACUAAAAUGUCCUUACAAUUAGCUGAUAGAUCUGUCGAAUACCUUAUAGGGAUAUUGGAAGACAUACCAGUCAAGAUAGGUACGUUGUAUAUCCCAAACGACUCCAUAGUAAUGGAUAUUAAGGAAGAUGAAGAAAUUCCGAUUCUCCUAGGAAGACCAUUCUUGUCGUCAGCCGGAGCCAUACUAGAUGUUAAGAAAGGAAAAUUAACUUUUGAAGUAGGAGAUGAAAAUAUAGAAUUCAUUAUUUCCAAGUUCCUAAUGGCACCAGUGAUUGGAGAUGCAUGUUAUGCAAUCAAUAUCAUUGACGAAUGCAUAAAUGAACUCGAGCGAGAUGAAUCUAGAAUUAAAUUACCUUGGACCCCCAUUUUGGAGGAUGACGGAUUUAAGAGAAUGGAACCCUACAUUGAUGACAACCUCUAUGAAUGUUUAGCCCUUACCCCCGAUCCUAUGUCGUGUCCUAAAAAGCCAUCUGUAGAACUUAAAGAACUACCCAAAAAUAUAAGAUAUGAGUUUUUGGAUUAA